GAGCUGAAACCUCCGAUUUUAACAUUUUCGCUCGUAUUUUUCCUGUUCAGUUCCACAUGUUGAAGUAACUCAUCAGUCCGAUCAUCCAAAGGCAAAACACAAACUACCGUGACUGUGAAUGCCUCAUGAUUACACUGCGGUUCUUGGCAACAGGGGAACGCUUCAGGAGCCUAACCAGUUCCAAGUGGGGGUAUCAACCAUUCGACAAUUCAUUCCUGAAACCUGUUCUGCAAUCUAUCAGGUUUUAAAAGAUAAAUACCUCAAGUGCCCUGACACAGUGGAACAGUGGCAGCAAGUAGCACAUGGAUUUGAGACUCAGUGGAACUUCCCAAACUGCCUGGGUGCUCUGGAUGGAAAACACAUUGACAUUCGCCCCCCUCCUGCAUCUGGAUCAACAUUCUACAAUUACAAGCAUUCAUUUUCAAUAGUUCUAAUGGCACUGGUUGACAGCAGUUACAGGUUCCUGUAUGUAGAUGUUGGGUGCAAUGGACGGAUUUCUGAUGGUGGAGUGUUUGGGGGGUACUCACUGCAGAAUGCCCUAGAAAAUAGAACUAACAUCCCUGCCCCUGCACCACUUCCUGGUUCUGACCAGCUGGCUCCUUAUUGUAUUGUGGCAGAUGAAGCAUUUCCCUUGAAGGAGUAUUUCUUGAAGCCAUAUCCAAACCGCAGACUAUCAGUUCAGCAACACAUCUUCAAUUACAGACUUUCACAAGCUCGGAGGGUGGUAGAAAACGCUUUUGGCAUCCUGGCAAAUUGUUUUAGAGUCUUUCUAACCACCAUUAACAUUCAAGAUACUGUCAAAGUGGAGGACAUUGUUUUAGCUUGCGGACAGAAUGCGCUAUACAUGUUAGGAAUCGACCAGGAAGGGCCAGAUCAUGACACUGUUCCAGGAAGAUGGAGACAAGACCCAGACUUACUGCAGGCCCCCCUGCCAAACACCACCAAUACAACAACAUGAGCCAAGCGAACAGGGACGAACUAUGCCAGUACUUUAUUUCAGAAAUUGGUGCAGUGCCUUUCCAGUGGAGCAAAAUAUAGCUAGUGUGAAUAUGUAUACAAAGUUUAGUAAAUGAGUAGAUAUUGUACACUGAUAGUACUAGACAUUGUUUUCAGUUUUAUGACUAUA